GCCGCGCGUCGUCGAGAAAAGGCCGCCGCAGAACAGAGAGCCCUGGCUGAAGCAGUUGCACAGAGUCGGUUGACUUACCAGAUAUCUUCUACUGGUGUUGAAUUCGCCCAACUGGCCGAAGUCCUUGACAAACGGAACCUCGUCCUGCAUAAGCGUGACCUCUCAACCCUCCUCUGGGACGCCUGUAGGCGGUUUGAUGUGCCCUGCGACACUGAUUCCCCACCGAAGCACAACCUGCGAAAGCUCGCGGUUGCUGUAAUGAGGCAGCGGCCUGAGGAAUUUCUGCCCUUUAUGUAUGACACUACCGCCACUGCCGAUUCCAAGGAAACAUCUUCAGAUGAUGUCCUCGAGACCUACUUGACGGACUUGGCAAAGCCUGGAGCUUGGGGCGGUCAUCUUGAGGGGUUCGUGGUUGGGUUAAAUAGGACGGUUUUCAUCUUGGCCAAGACUCCACUUGCCAUUCACAUCGUAGCGAAUCCUGGCAUAAACUUUCAACGAUGCAAAUUUAUCCUUUUUCUUGAUUUUGGUUCAGCCCAGAACACAGCCGACGAAGGUGCUCUUUUGAAAGGCGCUGAAAAUUCAUGA